AUGGGAUCGAAUUAUAGUUUAUUAGCAUCAAAUAUUUCAAUUGAAUUCUUAAAUGAAAAUUCAAAUAUUUAUGAAACAGGACAAAAUAUUCAUGGUUUUAUUGAAUUUAAUGAUGAUAAUAAUAAUAAUCAAAUAGAACAUAUAAUUAUUGAAUUAAUUGGUGAACUAGUUUAUACAAAUUAUCGAAGAAAAGGAAGAUCAACAUUAGUAACAACUCAUCAAGUACCUUUUUUUAUUCAAAUAAUUAAUUUAAAUAUGAAAAAACAAGAAAAAAAACUUACUUUUAAUUUUUAUCUCAAUGAUUAUCUUCCAUCUUCAUUUGAACAGAAUCAUUUUCAAGGUUCAUAUAUUCAUUAUUUUAUUCGUAUACGAUCAUUAGAUAAUCAGUUAAAAAAAGAUUUUCCUAUUAUUAUUAAACGUCCAUUAGAAAUUCUUCAAGGAAAAUUUUUAGAAAUUGAAAAUAAAAAUCUUGAUAAUAUUCAAUUAAAAUUUCUUCUUAAAAAUAAUUUAACAUUUAUUGGUCAACAUUUACCAUUUCAAAUUGAUUUACAUAAUCCAAAUCAUCGAACAAUUCAUCGAAUAUCAGUAACUCUGAUUCAAUUACGAAAACUAGGCCCAAUUAAAGAAGAACGUACUAUUAUAUUGAAAGAAAAUUUAAUUAAUUUUAAUAAAUUUCAAGAUGAACAUUAUUCUCAACAUUUUCAAAUACAUAUUCCAUAUGGAAUAAAUUCUUCCUGUUCAUAUUUUAUUCCAAACAAAUCUUUUCAAUGGCUUAUUUUUGUUCAAUACGAAAUCUAUAUUAAAGUUCAUAUACGUGGAAUUAAUAAAAAUACAUCUUUCACAAUUCCUAUUGUUAUUAAUCAUGAAACAGAUGUAACAUUACCAUCCAAUUAUGAUUCUCAAUCAACAGUAUAA